UGGAGGGGGGCUAAAAUUACCCCAAAUCUAUGAAGAUCCCAGAGAACCAUCCUAAAACAUAAGCAAGCACGAGAUAGACUAACUAUGAGCACAGAUGUGUUAAACUUCUUAUCGUUCCAGAGGGAGGAGCAGAGGACUCCAUAGCCAUGGCCAGGAGCAAUGUGGAUGACAAGCCCAUGAUUGCAGAAGAUAUCAGGUGUUUUAGGUCUAAGAAGCAGGCCUCCAAGCGCAUAAUCUCUCUCUCUGACCUUCUUCUGCCCUUCAUUCACCUGCUCCUUUUUCUCCCCAAGGCAGACUAUAGAAACUGAAAUUAUACUCUAAUUUCCCCCUCACCUUCUGUCUUGGAGCUGGCCAUUAAAAAAUCUUUUUGACCUACCCUGUCUGAUUGUAGAUCUGACUGUAGAUCAUAAGACCCCCAUUUCGGAAGGGGUCCUGCCCCACACCGAAGAGGAAUCUGAACAGACAGGCCUUGCUGGGUUUGCCCACUCAAUCUGUGAAUAUCAGAUCAAGCCCUUUUGUCCAAUCAUGUUCUACAGUUGCCCAUGUUUCAAUCAUGCUCAUCCAGCGAAGUUUCCAUAAAAGGCCCAGGAAGAUGGAGUAGGGAGAGCUUCUGGACACCUGGACUUGGGGAGGCUCACAGGAAGGGUCCCCCCCUUGGUUCCCCUUCAGGAAGUGGAGUAGGAAAAAAAACCCCUGCAUUCGUCAGUAACUCUAGGUCAACCACAACUUCAAGACAGUAAGCAGGUCAAUCGAAACAGGGGCAGUGAUUGCUAUAAAACCGACAGGUACUCUCAUUGAUACAACACAGGCAUACAGAGGAAGACAUAUCCACAGAGCUUCCUGCACGAAGCAAGCAACCUGAGCAAAAUGACAGUGAAGAUCCUGCGAGGCAUGGCUUUGCUCCAGUCCCUGCUGCUGUUGAUGCUGGGGCUCGCCUGUCUGAAGGAUGUGGCUGCUGGGAAAAACUUCAAAGCCUGGAACGCUGCCUUCCCAAAGCCCGACAGUUGCCCUCCUCUGGAGGGGGGCAACUUUGUGAAGCUUGACAUUCGCAUCGUCAAUGAAAACCACCGUGUUGCCAUGGGACGUAGCUUCCAGAACCGCUCCAGCUCCCCCUGGGAUUACACUUUCAACUGGGACCCCAACCGGUUCCCCUCAGAAAUUGCACAGGCCCGGUGUAGGAACUUGGGCUGCGUCAAUGCCCAGGGCAAGGAAGAUGUCUCGAUGAACUCUGUCCCCAUCCAGCAAGAGACGCUGGUCCUCCGGAGGAAGCGGGAGGGCUGCUCUAUCUUCUUCCAGCUGGAGAAAGUGAUGGUGACUGUCGGCUGCACCUGCGUUGCCCCCAUGGUCCACCGCCUGCGCUGAGAGCAGUGGAUCAACUCAGCCAGAGAAGCUAUGGGAACACCACUCCUUUCCCGGCGCUCUGCAACAAGUCCUGUCUGAGCCCCAGUUCCCUCCACUUCAUAGGACUCUUACUAACACCUACAUGGAAUUCGCAAAGCUCUGUACUAGGUAUAAUAUUAACCUUCCGGGGCGUUUCAGAAUGAUUAUGGGGUCCUAGAUGUUCCACUGUCCCAACCCCCUGGCAACAGAUGGAGGAGAAUUAAGGAGCCCUUGGCCCACUCCCUGUGUUACAUGAUGACCGCCUUCUGCCCAUGCGGCCAGCCUGGCCCAGUGCCCUUCCCUGGGGGCUCUGCUGGAGGUAUAUGGAAGUGCAGAAAAAAUAAUCACUAUUGUAUGUAUGUAUUGCAUUUUAUAUUUGAUUAUAUGUAAAAUGAG